AUGGACCUUUUCAAAGGCAAUAGUUUUGAAGAAGAUUUUUUGUUGGAGGGUUUUGGAAAGCUAGUGGACUUCGAUCCAAAUCUGCACGAAGGCUCGUCUUCUUCAUUCGAAGAUAUACUGACAUGCAGUUCGCCACUGGAGAAAGAGCCUCCACAGCCAAUGAGCUGCACGGACGGAUCGACGUGUAGCUCCCCGUAUGAUGAUGAAGUCGACGGAGAUGCAUUUGGAUUCAGUGACUUUGAAGAUGUGUUUUUCCCGGUAGAAGGCGAGAUGACCAGGCCCGACAUUUCAAAUGACAUCACUGUUACUAAUUUUGGACUGGAAAGUCGUGUUCAACAGCAAGUGAAAGAUGAGCCGUUUGUACUCACGAGAGGUGACUUAAAUGCUGAUAAUAUUGAAACGCUGAGGCAGCUGCUUUUGUACCAAACUGAGGACAUCCUGAGGUCUGACAAGAGACAAGAUUUUUUUGUGCAGAAGCCAACAAGCAUUUUCUCGGAGCAGUUUGAGCAGUUUACAUACCACCUGUCACCGUUUAGCGGAGUUACUACAUGCGCAGUUACAAACAGCAGCAACAACAAAGACAAUAACAUUUACUUCAGGACUAUGAACAAACUUCAACAAGAACACGAACAACCAGAAAAGCAGAUCGAGCAGCAACAACAUCUGUCAGCUGCAAAGAUAGACUUGAAACAAGAGAAUUCUGAUAGCUGGGACGAAAGUGUAGAAGAGGGCGAGAGAAGUUCAAUAAAAGCUUCACCAACCCAGCACAAAGUUAAGAGGAAGAAGAGGAAAUACGAGAGAAGAGCAUCAGCACGAAAGAGCAUUCAGCUUUACCAGUUCAUGCUAAAGCUACUGGACAGCGAGGACGAGUGUGUCACAUGGGUAUCACGUGAAGAUGGCGUUUUCAAGCUUUUGCAAUCGAAGAAUGUUGCUCAGAGGUGGGGAAUGUACAAGAAAAACGAUAACAUGACAUAUGAAAGUCUUAGUCGAGCAUUGCGUCAUUAUUAUGCGCAAGAAAUACUUACCCCAGUCCCAAAGAAACUGCAUUACAAAUUCUGCCAGAAAACGUUGGACGAUUGGUAUAGCGCGAAAACGUGCUAGAGUAGAUUGGCUCCGAAAGGACAUGGGUCUUUCUAGAUUUUAGCAAGAUUUUUAUAAUAAAUUGUGUAUUUGGGGCCUAUCUUGACAUUUCAUAGUGCUGUUGAUGUGACAUGCUAUCUCUCAGUAUUUAUUUACCAUGAAAUUGUAGGAUAUUCUUCAUUCUACAAAAUAUCUGCUUUAUACUGAGAAAGUAUUUGAAUUAAAGGCCAUACGAAAACGUUAGCAGAACUAGGCACCGGAUUUUCACAGGGGCCAUUUUCCAUAGGCCACAUCGCAAUCAAUGUGAACAAAACUAGAGUCUGGUUGGCCUAGAAAUAGGCCUCUAGAAUCCAGAAUUUUGUCGCGUUGACCUUGAAGUGAAAGCAAGUAACAUUUUUAAGUAACAUUUUAUAGGUGUUGUUUGGCUGGCCCCAAAUUCAUGGUAUAUAUUUGUAAAUAGAAUAGCUUAUAUAAACCUUAAGAGGUUCAUUUUUACUUUGUUAAAUGUAUUCGUAUUUGGACGAUAUCGUGGUUUUAUUGAACUUCCAGCAACAGUAAGAUUCAAAUUGUCCAACUGGCAAAGCCAGUCAAAUUCUUUUACUGUGACAAUUGCUUUAUAGGCCCUUCUCAUCUCCUUGGUAACUUCAUAUAUAGGUGUAAAGGUUAUACAAUGAUAUACUAAAA